UAGGCAGUAAAGUGGAAAAUAUCAAGGUUGGAGAUCGCGUAGUAAUCGAGCCCGGUGUGCCUUGUAUGAGGUUAUUCUUCAAGCGCCACCGUCCAAAAAUGUGAUGUGGCUUGCAUGCUGACGGAUCGACAUAGAUGUGCUAAUUGCCAGUAUAAAAAUUACAACAUGUGCGCUGGUGUCAUACUCAGUACUCUUCAGAAAUACUACGUCGUCCCUAGUGUUUACUGCCAUGCACUACCGGCCAGUGUAGAUGCUGAGGAUGGGGCGCUCGUCGCACUUGUCGCCCUUGCGCUUCGAAUCUGUCAAGUCGCCGAGCUGCAAGCCCGUCAAAACGUCCUCGUCCUCGGCUCCAACUCCAUCGGCAUAUUGACUCAAAUGAUUGCGAAUAUGCAAGGAGCUAGAGUUAUUGGAGUUGACACCUCCCACUGGCGCACCUCAUUUGCUUCGGGAUCCAGCGCGCAUGGCGUGUGUGUCCCGAAAUGGUCUUCUACUUCUACCACUGACUCAGCCAGUCCGCCACCCGAGGUAGUAGAUCAAAUUGUGCAUCAAUUCCGUCUUGGCGAUGGCGCCGACGUCGUUGUGGAUUGCACCGGUUCUGAAUCCUACAUUAAAACCGGUGUGUUCGCGGCAAAAAGGGGAGGGACGUAUGUACAAGCUACAGUAGUUGAUCCGUUCGUUGAACUUCCCAUCGUGAUGGCUCAAGAAAAGGCCUUGAAUAUUAAAGGGUCGGUUCGCGACAUAGCAGAUUGCUAUCCUUCUGCCAUAGACCUAGUCGCAUCCGGAAGAAUCACUCCUCGGAUCCUUGUCAUGAACCGAUUUGAGGCCGAUGAAGCCGAGGAAGCUUUCGAGGAAGUUAACGAAAAUCGAGAGUACAGUAUGAAGGUUAUGAUCAAAGGCAUUCCAUGAAUGGGAGUUUUUUAUCCAACCAGCAAAUAAGUUUCUACGUUUCGGGGGAGAUAUUCAAUUUAUAUCUGGCUAAAUCUCUAUUACGCCUAAUUAUUUCUCCGUAAUUCAAAUCCAUCACGAGUUCAAUUUUUGGUGGAGACACUCUCCAACGAAACUUCACUGGUGCGCACCAAGUCCGAUAGCCGCCUGCGGGAACAACGGCAUUUGAUUGGAGGGGAUCUAGUCACCGGCGCA